AUGUUUAAGAAAAUCAUGAAAGGUGGGAGCCGAAAGCUCUCUAGAAAUGAAUCGAAUGAUCCGUCUAUGUUUGGGUUUGAUCCACCAGGUAGGUCAGGUCUUGGUUCUAACAUGGUUGUGAAUCACGCAUCUCGUGGCUCAGCGGUUCCUUUAUCUCCUGGUUCCACACAACCUCCUCCUAUGUAUACAGUCGAGCCUCUCCCAUUGUUCAGAGACGUGCCUGUUUCCGAUCGUCAAGCUUUGUUCCUGAGGAAAUUGCAGAUUUGUUGUUUCCAGUUUGAUUUUACAGAUACGUUGAAGAAUGCUAGAGAGAAGGAGAUUAAGAGGCAGACAUUACUGGAGCUGGUUGAUUUUAUACAGUCUGGACCUGGGAAGAUCAAUGAAACUUGUCAGGGAGAAAUGGUGAAGAUGAUAGCUGUGAAUAUAUUCCGGUGUCUUCCUCCGGCGUCGCACGAGAAUACAGGUCAAGAGCCUGCUGAUCCUGAAGAAGAAGAGCCUUAUUUGGAACCAUCUUGGCCUCAUUUGCAGCUAGUUUAUGAGCUUUUGUUGAGAUAUAUUGUUCCUUCUGAUACAGAUACAAAGGUUGCGAAACGGUAUAUUGACCAUUCUUUUGUCUUGAGGUUACUUGAAUUGUUUGAGACUGAAGACCCUAGAGAAAGAGAGUACUUGAAAACGAUUCUUCAUAGGAUUUAUGGGAAGUUUAUGGUACACAGACCCUUUAUUAGGAAAGGAAUCAACCAUAUAUUCUAUAGGUUUAUUUACGAGACAGAGAGACAUAGCGGAAUUGGGGAGCUUUUGGAGAUUCUUGGUAGUAUUAUAAAUGGGUUUGCAUUGCCAAUGAAAGAGGAGCAUAAGCUCUUUUUGAUCAGGGCGUUGAUACCGCUGCAUAAGCCGAAACCGAUUGCUAUGUAUCAUCAACAAUUGUCUUACUGCAUUGUUCAGUUUGUGGAGAAAGAUUAUAAGCUUGCGGAUACAGUAAUCAGGGGAUUGUUAAAGUAUUGGCCUGUGACAAACUGUACAAAAGAGGUUCUCUUCCUUAAUGAACUUGAAGAGGUUCUUGAGGCAACACAACCUGUUGAGUUCCAACGCUGUAUGGUCUCUCUGUUCCAACAGAUUGCUCGUUGCCUCAAUAGCUCCCAUUUUCAGGUUGCAGAACGAUCUCUGUUCUUGUGGAACAACGAGCACGUCGUGGGUCUAAUCGCUCAGAACCGAGGCGUAAUCCUUCCAAUCAUAUUCUCUUCCCUGGAGAAAAACAUAGAAUCUCACUGGAACCAAGCGGUUCACGGGCUAAGCUCGAAUAUACAGAGAAUGUUCAUGGAGAUGGACCCUGAGCUCUUUGAAGAAUGCCUACAACAGUACGAAGAGAAACUAGCCAAAUCGAAAGAAGUUGAAGAACAACGCCAAAUUAGGUGGAAGAGAUUACAUGAAGCAGUGGAGGAACGAGAAAGAUUAGAAGAUCCUAUGAUCACUUCUUAG